AUGCCCCAAUCAGAGGAUUUUUCGGCUUCCGCCUCUGAAUUUGAGGAAGAUUACGGUACAGGUAAUGGAUCUGCAGUUUAUAUUGCCUUAGUGGACGCUCCACUCAAAGAGAAUGAAGAUGUCAGCAUAGAAGAUUCUUUCAUCGGUGGAAAACCUGUUUGGUUGCAUCCUGAAUCAUUGCCAAGUGAUAAUCUCCUAGAAUGUGGAGCAUGCAAGUCAAAAGAUAAUAUGAAGCUACUGCUUCAGGCGUUUUGCCCUUUGGACAUAGACCAAGUACAAAAAGUCCAGGCGACCUACGGCGUAGAGAGUAUGGAACACAUUUCUGCAGAUGAUGAUAGGGUCUUGUAUGUCUUCUUAUGCACCAGAUGCCAGAGAAAGGCGAACUCAGUUCGCUGCAUUAGAGGUGUUAAGAAGAAUACCAAAAAGAGUGCUCCUGAGAAGUUAUCAGAAAAAAUGGAAAAGCUGUCUUUUCAAAAAGACUUCAAAAUUAACCCCUUCGAUCUUUCGAAUGAUGAAGGCUCAAAUCCAUUCAGCUCUAACCCAUUCCAAAGCGGCGGAAGCGGCUCCAAUCCGUUUAGUAACAGUCUCAACGCCGCAAAAGCUUCCGAAGAAAAGUCUGCCAAUGAACUUUCUUUGAAGGCUACUAGGAAAUUGCACGAUUCCAAGGCAGAUAAAACGUUUGAUGAAGCGGAAGCGUUCAAGAGUUUUCUGUUGUACGUUGAAGAAGAAUCCUUUAAGAACAAGAAACCGGACCAUUUAAAAUUACCUAAAAACUUGAAGAUCGAUAAGGAGGCUCUGGACCUGACGGGGGAAGACGAGUCGAGCCUAGACAAGGAUCCCAUAAAACUAGACCCAAGGACGGAAAAGCUUUCCAAAUUUCUUGACGACGACGUUUUCCAAAAGUUCCAAGAAGUUGUUGGCUACAACCCACACCAGGUCCUACGCUACGAUUUCGGUGGGAAGCCACUGUUAUACGCGCAGUCCAAGGUUGAUUUUGAGAAGACUGUGGCCAACCCUGCUUACAACCCGUCAUCGAGACGGGUCUUUGAGAUGCAGCUCAUGCCGAAGAUGAUCAUGGAUCUUGAAAGCGAUGCGUCGUUGUCCGAUGGUAUGGAAUGGGGCACGAUUCUGGUGUUUUCCGAUGUGCAGAAUUACACGCCUGAAUUCGAUGCGAAUGGUGUGGGGUACGUUGAAGAAGUGGUGAAAGUGCAAUGGGAAUCAAGAAAUUGA